AUGGCGACGAGGAUCAAAAUCGAUGCGGCUGCUCUGCCGGCGUUCAAAACCGGAUCGGAUCCAAGAAAUGAUUGGUUGAAAUGGCGUAAAGCAUUUGAACGUUUUAUGGUGGCGAACGGCAUAGAAGACGAUGACGAGAAAUACAAUUUGUUGCUUGUGUUAGGUGGUAUUGAACUACAAACAUACUAUGAUAAAAUCGAAAAACUUCAUGUUGGUGUCCCAACAACAGAAGAGGGUUCGGACGUGAUAAUACUUAAAUAUGAGUCAGCGGCCCUAUCGUUAGAGAAAUACUUUGCACCACAGUUGAACAAGCGUUUCGAGAGGCAUUUAUUUCGAGCUCUGAAACAGGAAGUAGGGGAAAGUUUUGAGGAUUUCGUUUUCAAGCUGAAAGAACAGGCAAAUCGUUGCAAGUUUUCGGACGUGGACGAUAUGAUAGUCGACCAAAUCAUCGAAGGGUGCAACUCGCUUGAACUUAGAAAGAAGUUAUUAACGGAGGAGAAAGACUUUUCCGAAGCACUUAUGAUAGGUCGAACUAUCGAAAACGUGCAGAAACAAGCGAAACAGUACAGCAAUCCUUUGCCAUCCGGACUGGAAGGAACCUCGUUGGUUCAGAGAGUUGCUGAUCGACAAAUGCCUUCCACAUCUACCAAGCCUUGCUCGAGCAAUGCAAGAAAAUGUUAUAAUUGUGGCCGAUAUGGUCACAUCGCAAAGGACAUUCACAAAUGUGCCGCAAAAGAUGCAAAAUGUCACAACUGCGGAACUAAAGGCCACUUCAAAAUCUGCUGUAAUAAAAGGAAGUCGACGGAGCCACGAGAAUAUACGAAUCCCAAACGUAAAGUUCACGCAGUUCUGGAUGGGAAAUCGGAGGAGGUACUGGAAAAAGGAAUUUUUCUUGUAACCUCAGAAACCAAGGACGACGUAUCCGAGAUCUUAACUUUCUAUGUCAGGGGUGUGUCUACUAACAUGGUUGUGGAUUCCGGAUCGCCAGCUAAUAUCAUGCAAGAGUCUACAUACAAGCGGCUCAAGAAAUCUGGGGCACAGUUUUUGAACGAGAGAGAUGCGACUGACUUCAACCCUCAGUUCGAAGCAUUUGCGUCAACGGAGAAAAUUUGUUAUUGCAUUUGA